GUGUUUAAGCAGCAAGAAAUUUCUCAGGAUUAGAGCUUCCUGUUCCACCCUCCCACCAAGCCAGCAUCCCACUACCAUUGGUUAGGGUCAAAUACCAGAGUCUCUGCAUUCAGAAUAACUCUGUGCCAUUUGAGAAAGCAGGAGCCAAAGAACAAGAUUGAAGAAUGAAGAACUUGGCAAGGAUUUUUGUGGGAUUUAUAAUCUUCAACAUUAUUGCAGCUGCUCCUACCAUGAGUUCCAUAACUUAUGACUCUGAAACAUAUGACAUUGCUCUGGAAGAUCUGGAUAACCUAUAUGACUAUGAUGACAAUCUGUCAGUUGAUCAGGCACAGGUAGAGAUUGGAACAAUGUUCCCAUCCAUAACUAGAGAAAUUUAUGUACCUUCACCACUGCCAGAAGAACCUGAAGAAGAAGCAUCUACAUCCAAACUUAUUGAUGGUUCCUCACCUCAUGAACCAGGAAUUCUUGGUCCACAUACACAUGAAGGCCUUCCAACUUGUCUGCUGUGCACUUGUCUGGGUACUUCUGUGUACUGUGAUGACCGUGAACUUGAGGCUCUCCCGUCCUUGCCCAAACAAACCACCCAUUUCUACUCCCGCUACAAUAGAAUCAAAAAGGUCAACAGGGAUGACUUUGCUAACCUAAGCAACUUAAAGAGGAUUGACUUGACUUCUAAUUUAAUAUCUCAAAUUGAUGAAGAUGCCUUCAGAAGUCUGCCGCAACUACAGGAGCUGAUACUGCGGGAUAACCAGAUAAGGCAGCUUCCAGAAUUACCCCCAACGUUAUCAUUCAUUGAUAUUAGUAACAACAGGCUUGGUCGCAAGGGGAUAAAACAGGAAGCUUUCAAAGAUAUGAUUGAUUUGCACCAUCUCUACAUCACAGAUAACAACCUGGAUCAUAUCCCACUUCCACUCCCUGAAAGUCUCCAGUCCCUUCAUCUUCAGAACAACAACAUACAAGAAAUGCAUGAAGAUACUUUCUGCAAAAUGAAAGAUUAUUCUUACAUCCGUAAAACUCUGGAAGACAUCAGAUUAGAUGGCAACCCCAUUAAUCUGAGCAAAACCCCUUAUGCCUAUAUGUGCCUACCACGUUUGCCUGUUGGAAGCCUUUUUUAAGCUUGGACAUUAAUCAGAAUAUCAAUAGUGCUUCUGUUGAAAAUGAGCAUGUUGUUACUUUCUGAAGCAUACUAUAUUAAAAUUCAUAAACAUGGAAUAUGGUUUCAUUAAUGUAACAUAAGGAGCCAAUAGCCAUAAUCCAUUGUGUGCAAUGCUGAAUAUAAGCCCAUUUUCUGAUAAAGAACAAUAUGCUUCUAUGUGAUAUCCAUUUAUAGUAGAUACAAAAGAGUGCCGAUUAUCCAAUGAGCAGGGCAAAAGAGAUUAGUAAACAGAAAUUUUAAAGAAGUUGGGUGUUUAUGAUUCCUGUUCACAGUUUUAUCUACAUUAAUGAUAGUAGCAAAUUUAUAAGAACUGUAUGUAAAUAGUAACUGAUUUAUGCUAUCUUGGAUUUUAAUUAGCUUCCCCAUCCCUGAUAUGUGCCAGUCUUUCCUAUACUUUUUGUGUCUUACAGGAUCAGGUCAUUUUUCUGAACUGUUAAUAUUAAAAUGAAUAUGUUCCUUUGUAAAAUGUUGAUCAUUGUUUUGAACCAGAAAGAAAAAUGUUGAAAAGCUACUUAAAAACAUAUGUAAAAAUGUGCACUAUGCAUAUCCAUGCUUUUGUUGUAAUAACAUGACCAUAUAAUAGAGUAAAUAACACCAAUCUCUGC